AUGUUCUUCCACGAAGAAGCCCAACCGGUUCUCGAAAUCAUGUUCACGCCGACCGAAAUAGAGGAGCUAUUCUCCCUCGUUAACGAACCGCUCAGCCCGGGGUCCGGUUCUCAGGAAUCGAACCGGGUGGUCCGGUCCACGCACGAGAGAAAGCUCCGGCGAAUGCAGUCGAACCGGGAGUCAGCCCAGCGGUCCCGGUGGAGAAAGAAGCGGCAUUUAGAGAACCUCACGAACCAAGCGAACCGGCUCAGAAUGGAAAACCGAGAACUAAAAAACCGGUUAUGCUUAACCAUGCACCAGAAUCUUCUUCUCUCCUUGGAGAAUGAACGUCUUAGAUCCGAAUCCGUGACCCUUAUGGCUACACUCUCAAAUCUUUAUCAAAUUUUAGCCACCAUGAUUUCACAACAGUAG